AAAAAAAAAUCACAUCCGACGUUUUCAAUGAUCACAUCGCAAUGCGCAUUAUACAAGAUAUAAUUAAAAAAAAAUCAUUCCCAUUUAAUUUCUUAUCUACAGAACAAAACGUACGUCGACGGUUAUGGAAAAUUAAAAUAGCUCGUUUACGUAAAUAUCGAAAUUGAACGUGGAGAUAAGUGCCGCCGCCAUCAAUUACCUGCUAGAACGCAGACGAUGUGUGGUUCGAGACGUAAUUUUAUAAUCGUGCUCGGCAGUGUGUUAUCACACACGUGUUGCGUACCGUAAUUUACAUUAUACGGUACUUAUCGAAAAUUCUCCGGGAGCGCACGGUCAAGGUGAUCGAGGCGACGCGGAAGGGACGCGAAGGGAAGAGAAGGGUUAAGGGCGAACGGCAUCAGCCGGGCGAGCUCAAAUCGUCGGUCGAGCUUUCCCGCCUUUCAAAUAUCCCGGACACGAAUCGAACUCGCGCGGUGAGUGUGUUUACUCGCCGUCACGUGUACGACGACGACGACGACGACGACGACGUGGCGGCGUAUCGAUUCCUCCGAAUCGCGCAUUGAAGCCUUCAAGGCGAACAAAACGGACGAGUGGACCAGUCGUCGACGUAAAGAAGUAAACAAUACCGUGAGAGACGUUGUUUGUGCCCGUGCGCAUACGAAAGAGAAAAAGAAAGAGAGAGAGAGAGAGAGAGAGAGAGAGGUACACAUUUGUUAACGGGGAAAACGUCGAUGACUCGAUGACGCACGAGGUGCUAUAUGGGUCAAGGAAUAUAGGCCGACAUGACGGCGGCGGCGGUUUCGCGUCGCGCGUUCUUGAAACCGGGAAAGUCCACGGCGACGACGGAACGGCAGACGAGUCUACGGUCGAGUCGGCGCGUGGAAACCACGUAGUUAGGGAAGGAUUCCGCGCGAGAAAAGCGACGAUGUGAUAGACUACAAAGCGGAACAGAGAACGGCGCGCAGCGGCAGAAGAGAGUGAAAGAAAGAGAGAGAGAGAGAGAGAGAGAACGACAGUCGGUACCGAGUGUUUUGUUUACAUACGCGGUUGACGGCGUGACCUUUUACAAGACUCCUUUCCCGCGUGAAUCGGCAGUGCCUUGCGUGACACGCGUUAUCGAAGUUGGUUGGCUUUGCCAAAGGCAGCUUCGCUCUCUGUAAGACGUGCGCGAUUCUCUCGCUUUUCUAAUAUAGAGCCAUUCGAGAGCCGCGUUAUAUUAUCUGUGAAAGAGAAAAUUCGCGAUAUCCUUCCUAGUGGCGAAAACGGCAUCGGCGCGAUUAAACGUCGUCGCGAUCUGUUUCAGGGACACGUAAACUGACGCUACGCCUCGCAAUUUCGUGGCGUGAUGUUACUCAAACAGAUGCUGGAUCCGAGCGUAUUGACGGACCUGGAGGAGCUGACGCUUUGCGGUUGUUGCAAGCAGAAGUACAAUGAUGUAGAGCAAUGCCCCAAGUAUCUUAGCUGCAAGCAUUACUUCUGCCUACGGUGCAUCGAGAGCAAUCUGCUGAAGGGACGCGAUUUGCAGUGCGCGCAUUGCUGGAAAACGACGGAUUUGGGUAACCAAGGCGCGGACGCUUUACCGACUCACUCUGCUCUACUUGCCUUGGCCAACAAUUUGUCGCGUCUCAAGAUCACGACAAACAAUACGUCCGGCAAACCUGACAAGGAGAGGAAGAGCGAGAACUGUCACACACACGGAAUGCCGCUAGCAUUGUGGUGUGCGACAUGUUGCACGGCGCUUUGUAGGGCGUGCGCAAGUCCGCAGGAUCACCCGGGUCAUCAGAUCAAAUCGCAAACCGAUGCCAAAGAACAGCUCAUAUCCGACGUUCAACUGGAGUUAGUCACCGUGGGUAAACUGUCGACGGAGAUUCAAAGACUGGCCGUGCAGCAACGCGAAUUUCUGAUAAAGGUGCUGGAGGCAUGUGUAACGUUGAAGACGCAUGUAGAGACGGAUCUGCAAAAUGGCUGGAGUCACUUUCCCGAGAUAACGGACGCGCGCGAGACUCUAGGCAAGACGAGGGCUGGUCUGCAAAUGAGCGAGACUCCGGGUGAUGUCUACAGUCUACAUUCGCAAUUGAUUCUCGAGAAACAAAGGUUGCAGUCGAAAUAUCAGGAGAUGAUGUUACAGUGUCAGCUAGAUGAUCUCAUCGGCAACUCUGGAGUGAUAUUUGACUUCGCUUUGCUAAAGCAGGCAUUGGCAGGGAUACACACGGGAGAUCCGAUUGUCCCUCAAGGAAAUGGCGGUCGCUUGCCGAAUCAUCUCGCGGCUUCGCAUAAUCCGAUUUUGUUCCUCGCGAAUUAUUGUAUGUCGCAGUUGUACACACGUCACGUCGUUAGCAAGCAACAACAUAUGCAGAAUGGCUCGAUGGAGUAUCAUCAUUCAAGUAUGAUGCCACCACCGCCCCAGCAAGCGCCAUCCGUUCACGUUCAUCAGGGUCCACCGGCGCCACCACCGGGACCCAAUCAAGCUCCCCAGCAGCUUCUCAUUCCACCCGGUUCACCGUCCGUUAAACCCGUACCGCCUGUACCGCCCAACGCCAUGUUGCACCCGCAGCAACAGUCAACGUUCAUGCCUGACGCGGUCGGCACUGGCGCCGGUGGCGGUAGUCUAGUGACCGUCCACUCGUCCCCGCAACCGCCGUCCAACGCGAUAACGGCGACGUUGACGCGAGGUCCUGCGAAUCCGUAUCCUCUGUACUACUUCAACAUCGAGGUGAAUGGUUCACCGCACGGGCGCAUCGUGAUCGAAGUGCGACCAGACGCGGCGCCGAAGAUGGCCAAGAACUUCAGCGUGCUGUCAACGGGAGAGAUCGGAUUCGGGUACAAGGGAUGCACGAUAUUCCAAUGUUGGGAAGGCGAAUCCGUGAUCACAGGUGAUUUCGAGCUUAACAACGGCCGCGGUGGACGUAGCAUAUUUGACGACGGUUAUUUCAUGCCGGACGAUACCAAGUUCCCGGCGGUUAGGGGCGCGGUGGGCAUGAGGCGGACGCAGAAACGGCAUGACAACCUCGGGAUGGUCGGCUCGCAAUUUCGCAUAAUCCUGCAGGAGAUGCGCGGCUUUACUGGCAUCUUCGGCCACGUUGUCGAGGGAUUGGAGCUGGUGGAGAAGAUAUCUACGUACGGUGAUCAGACCGGCAAGCCUACCAAGAAUAUUCUAAUCACGAAAUGCGGUAAAUUGUAACGUUUAUGAUGUCGCUGUCGCGCGGUUUGUUGCAACGCGGGAUAAUUCUCCGAGAAAUGAGUAUACACUCCGUAUAUAUAUAUAUACAUAUAUACAUAUAUAUAUAUAUAUAUGUAUGUAUGUAUGUAUGUAUAUGAUAUAACGCCGUAUACAACACGUUUUCCUGCUCUAGAUAACCGAAGGAAAGUCGCCACGGUAUCCCCGACUUCGCGCGCGUUCGCGGCCACGAGAGAAACCUAUAAUACGUAAGAAGAAAUGUGCAAAAAGAAAUCGCGUUAUACACGUAAUUGUCCGGCGACGGGAGACGAUUAUUGUUAUUAUUAUAUCCGCCGCGUGUAUAUCCGCUCGGGGAAAUCGUCGCGACACGUUUAUUAACUCCGCGAAUCCUCGAACGUUCCGUACGAGUCAUGCAACUUAAUUAACUAUUAACAAUAGUGUCUAAAGAUGUCGAAUCUAUUUUUAAAACAUGGGCGUGCGCGAGAAAAAGAAAAAGAGAAAAAAUCCAUAUUUUGCUAUUGACUGGGAAUCGAUACGAGAUUCUGCUAACAAUAACGACGAUGAUCGAUAUACACAGAGACACAUACACACAUACGUACCUCAGAGAUCGACCGUGAUAUCGAUACGACUUCUCUAGCUGAUACGACAUAUUUGUUUUUUUAGGGAGAGAGAGGUCUGACCGUUUAUUUUGGCUAUUAUCGGCAUUAACUCUUCUACGACGUUGUAGUUCAUAGAGCGCGUGUCGCGCGUUGAACGUGAUAUAAUGGAGAAAAUAAUACCGCGCGCGAAUCGCGGCGGACGGUUCUCCGGCCGGCUGCGAGCGCAGCUAAUGUUUUAGGUCGUAGAUAGCGAAUAAUAAAAGGAUGAAAAAAAAAAUGCACAUGUAGAAUAAUCUGGGAAUUUAAGUCUAGUGAACUGAGUCGGAGGCAACCGAAUCGUGUGUUAUGUACACGACAUAUUUACGAAGAAACGAAAGAGACAGAUCUGCACGCGAGCAAACAUUCGACUCUUUCGAUUCUUGUUCUUUUUUUUUUUUUUUCGCAACUUUCGCGACUUGCUGCUAAAAGUUGUGAAUCGCGCGAUUCCAUACGCGGGUCUCUCGUUUAGAUAUCUUAGCCGAGAGAGGAAGAAGAGAUAUCGGUAUAGAGUUAGUCACGUAGGAGGGCAGUUUAUGGUUCGUCGGACACGGCGUGUCGUUCCGUUCCGUUCCAGGGGUGCGAGGAAAAAGAGCUAAAAGGGAAGAGAGAAAAAAAAAAGAGAUAUUCAUCGCGCGCGCGCGUCUUGCGAAGAAGAAUCUUGCGAUACCGCUGCUCGGAUACUUGCGACUCGAGCCCGUUCCCUUUUCGUUCUUUGCGAACUAGCGAACCGUCAAUGGGUUAUAUCUGUAUUUAAGAUUAGAUCUCAAUACGUCGCAAAUGUAUGCAAGGCCUAAAUACUACUAUGUAAACCGUAAGCCUCGUGUCGUCUAAUCGGGAAACGAAAGGGAAAAAAAAAAUGAAAUGUGCGGAUAUAUAUAACGUAUAU